AUGCGAGUUGAAGUGUAUCGGCAAAAGUUUAAAUUAUUGCCUUCUUUUAAAGUAAAUUUAAUUUUAAAAUUAAAAAAAUUAUUUUUGAAGUCAAAUAAUAAUUCGAAUGGAGAAAAUAUUUAUGGAAUUAUUAGGGCAUUCCGGGCUUCGCCUGUCGAGGCUAUUUUAUUGGCGGUACCUACAACUAGUAUUGAGUCAAUUGCUGUGGCUUUAGUUUUUGCUGAUUAUGCUAAGGACCAACUUUACUGGUCCCGUGAUUUGGUCUUUCUUUUUGUUGAUGGUGGAACAACCCAAUCUGCAGAUAUUUGGCUUUCUGCUUAUCAUGGACAACAACAAAAGGAGGGAAUUGAAUUAAUUGAUGAGGAAUUAGAGGCACAUGGAGGGACUUUUAUUGGGGCGUUUGGAUUGGAUAUAAAUGGAAAUAUUUUUGGAGAUGUUGAAGUAUUGCAUGGAAUGGUGAGGAGGAGGGAUUUUUAUUUAAAUUUUUGGGUGUUCAGAUAAUUAAAAAAACCUUUUCCAAAUUAUUAAAUACACUUUUUGGAUAUAUCAUUAAAAUGACUGCUCGGAAUCCUUGUUCCGGAGUUAAAA